GCAGCUUGGUCACGAGGGGGAGGCUGCCUGCGAGGUUUGAAUAGGGAAGUUUGGCCAGCGCUGGGGUCUCGCAGAGAGCCGCUUUCGGAGCGUUGGGGAUCCAGCGAUUGACAGCGAGUCCGACAGCGAGACAGAGCAGCAGCAGCAACAACAACAACAUUUCUCUUGUUUUUCUUUUCUUCUGCGCUCUUGCAUGUUGCAAGUGCACUAAAGUCUUCAGAGCACCAACAUUUUCCAGCAACUUUUUUCCCUUGCACAGUUUAUAUAUAUAUAUAUAUAUAUAUAAAAUCUCUCUCUGUAUAUCCACUUUUUUUUUUGCUGUAGCUCGUAACUAGCAAACUUCACACUUGGGAUUAAAAUGGAUGUUCUACCGAUGUGCAGCAUCUUUCAGGAACUUCAGAUCGUACAUGACACUGGGUACUUUUCAGCUUUGCCGUCGCUUGAGGAGUACUGGCAGCAGACCUGCUUGGAGCUGGAGCGGUAUCUUCAGAGCGAGCCCUACGUCACGGCCUCUGACAUCAAGUUCGACAGCCAGGAGGACCUCUGGAGUAAACUCAUCCUGGCUUGCGGGGAGAAAGGGGCGCCGGAACAGAGGGCUGCGAGCAUGAAGGAGGAGGACGGUCAGGACAACCAGGCUUCGGAGACCAACAGCCUGAACUCGGAUGCGAGCAGCGAGGCGUCGGACAGCUCCGAGGAGCUCUCUCCAACAUGCGCCUUCGCUUCGAGCCCGCUCACUGGCGCCCUGGCCCACUCGGCCCACCUGGGCUCCUCCGUCAUCAGCACGCCGCCGUCGUCUCCGGAGGCCCCUGGGGAGCCGGCUGUCCCCGCGGUCUGGAACGGUGCUCCCGAAGAGCUGCACCUCCCCGGCAGAAUGCGACCCGGGGGGAUGGGGAAGAACUCGGAGAAGGUCGGCGGCACGGGAGGAGAGGCCUCGCCGGACGGCAGGCGGCGUGUGCACAGGUGCCAUUUCAACGGAUGCCGGAAAGUUUACACCAAAAGCUCCCACCUGAAAGCUCAUCAACGCACUCACACGGGUGAGAAACCUUACAGGUGUUCGUGGGAGGGAUGCGAGUGGCGUUUUGCGCGGAGCGACGAGUUGACGAGACACUUCCGGAAGCACACCGGCGCGAAGCCUUUCAAAUGCAGCCAUUGUGACAGGUGCUUCUCUAGGUCGGACCAUUUGGCUCUUCACAUGAAGAGACAUCUCUGAGCAGCUCCAGGAACCAGCAGGACAAAGCCUUGUCUCUUGACUUGCGUCAAGGUUCAAACUGCCCUGCGAGGAGAGGAGCGCGCUCCAGCCAAAGCAUGCCAUUUGCACCGUGCUCAGCGCCUCCGGGGACUGUCGGAGAAGACGUUCUGAAGUUGCUGGAGAGGCGAAACAAAAUCCUGUACGGAGCGGCAGAGCGCAAGGACGGAAAUCCUGUGUGUGUGCGGCGUGACGUUCGGGGAUUCCCUCGGAUGUGCACGCGCUCGUGAUGAACUCGCCCGGCUCCCUAAAGGCCUUAGCAGUGAGCGUGUUGCGCUGAGCGUGUCUGACUGGGUGACUGUCGCGUGUGCGAGGGAGGUGGCCGUGCUGCUUUUGGGUUGAAUGAUGAUGCAGGGCUCGGCAUUAAUUUUUUUUUUUUUUUUUUUUGGGUCCGGUCAGCCACAGGACAGGUGCGUUUUACAUCUUAUUGGUCCCGUAAAGUUUUGCGCCUCUCCGAUUUUGGAACAUAUGGGAAAGACAGAAAUGAGUAAAUAUCUAUGUUUAAAAUGUCCUGGUAAAUUGUCCUCAAAGCAAGGUGAGGGUAUCAUUGGUUAGUCCUGCUGUAGUGUGUGUGUUUUAGUUAGGCAAUUUGAGUCCAACACAAUGAAUAGACAGAGCAGUGUAAUUUACAUGAACUGAAUUUUUGUGAGUGCAAUUUGGGGGAAAAAAUUCGGUCCCGUUCAAAAAAUUCACACACGCGAACCUUUUUUUUUUU